AUGGAUAGCAAUAAUAGUAAUAAUAAAAAUAUUUGUGGAACACAUAAAAGAAGUUGCAAGUUCAUAUGUUAUGAUUGCAAUGUUUUGAUGUGUUCUGUUUGUUCACCAAAACACGCACGUCAUUCAUUCGAUCAUAUCGAUAAUAUUAAAUCAAAUUGCAACGGAGACGAUACACCACACACAGCAACUACAGAUAAUGACAACAACAUAAAUAAUAAUAAUAAUAAUGAUGAUAAUAGUAAUUAUAGUUUUCAAGGUUUCAGAGAUAUUCAAAGAAGUAUUCAAACAACAUUCGAUUCUUUGAAAUUAAAAGUUGUGGAAUAUGAACAAUUACAACAAACAGAACAAGAGAUUCAAAGUAAAUUCAAAGAGUUACAUGAAUUCCUUGUUGUUGAAGAACAUAGAUUAAAGACAACUAUCGUUGAUAGUAAACAACAAUUAGAACAACAAAUCGAUAAACAAAUCAAAAUCAUGAAAUCAUUGAAUACUAUUAAUAAUCAUAUCAGUAUUAAUACAAUAUAUAGUAAUAAUAAUGAUGAUGAUCGAUCAUCUUCACAAUCAUCAUGUUCAUCACAAUCAACAACAACCGUAGAUACAACAGAUAACUACCAAAUAACAACAAUAAUUCGAUCGAUUUCACAAUGUUCGGAUCACAAUGAAUUCAUUUCAUCGAACAACAAUACAUUGUUCUAUUUCGAUAAUCAAAGCAACAAAGUAAACAACAGCAAUGAUCAUUCACUCUUAAAUGUAUUACUUGAACACAAUAAAUCAAUUAAAAUCAAUCAUCAUCAUGACAAUAAACAACUAACAUCACAACAAUAUCGGUUUAUUGUUAAUAAUGAACGAAUAAAUCAAGUCAAGAAUCAAAUUCAAUCAUCUUUCCGGUUAAUAUCAAACCAAGAUAAACAAUCAUAUAUAUUCUCAACUGAUAACAAUAAUAGAAUAUCAAUCAUCAAUAUUACAGAUCGAAACAACAUUCAUUUUGAACAACAAGAUAUCAAAAUGACAAUGGAAAUGACUGGCACUUUUCUUACAUACAACUCUAUAGUUAAAGUUGGUGACUUUAUCUAUAUAUUUGGUGGUAGUAAUUUUGGCUACAACAAGUUUAUCAAGUAUUCAAUCCACACCAAAACAGUAGUUAUUGAUGAAAUGAUCGGUGUUGAUAGGUGUCUUUUUUUAUCAGCUUGCUAUGAUGGUCAAGAUCAUAUCUAUUUAUUCGAUGGACAUGGAAAAUCUAAAACCGAUAUUUACAGAUACAACAUCAACGAUUCAACAUUUGAAAGAUACUCAACAAUCGAUAUCAAAACAGAUUAUCAUCAUCUCACAUUCCACUUCAAAGGUUAUAUCUAUACUUUCACUGGGUUAACAAGAAAGAUUUUUAAGUUUGAUGUGAAGAACAGAACAAUAUUUACAUUACCAAUUGAAAUCCAAAAAUACACUUCAGCAAAAGCAGUAUGUACAGAUGGCAAUGGCAAUAUAUAUAUUUUAACAGAAUAUGGAUUAGCUCGAAUCAACAUUGAAACCAAUGAAAUCAAAUUAUUUGAUAACAGUAAGGGCUGUAUCAAUAGUAAUCACAAUUUGAUUUAUCAUCAAUCAGAUCAUGAUGGUCAAACUUAUAUUUAUUCUAUCCAAGGAAAAUAUGGAAACUUUAUGUUCUCAUUUAACAGCAACAAAUGGGAGUCUAUUCUCCAUAAUGAUCAAUCUGACAGAGCUUAUUGUGCAAACAUAUUCUAUAUAAACUGA